AUGCGCACAUAUACCAUACAACAUGUUUAUUAUUUCAUUUUUAUAGAGAAUGGAGGUAAUAUGUCGGUUCAGAAAUAUUCUUAUGGAGGUUUUGUGAACGUCCAUAAAUUUUUAUCAAAAUCCAGUAUGAGUAUCAUAAAAGAAAUUAAAAUUGAAAAUAAUUUAUCCAGUGUUAUUAAUAAAAUAAAGGAUAUGGAUAAAUAUAAUGACAACAUAUAUGAAAAAGUUGGCAACUCAUGUUCUAUAUAUAUAGAAAAACUAUUUACAGAGACGUACUUAGAUAUAGACAAAUCAAUAACAUUAUUAAAUGAAUUAUUAAUUAAAGAAGUAAAAUAUUUAUUAUUAACUAAUAAUGAUAUAAUAUCAGAAUUAAGUAGAAAUAAUGAAAAGAACUUUCGAAAACAUUUAGUGAAUAACUUAUAUGAAGAAUUUUUACAACAAGAACAAAAAGAAGGAGAUGAAGAAGAACGUGGAUUAUUAUAUAUUAACAAAAUAGAUAUGGCAAAUAAAUUAAGACAAAUAUUAGAUUUAUAUUCCAUGGAACAACCUGAAGCUCAAGAAAUUAUACUUAGUUUAAUACAAAUAGAUACAUCUAAAAUAAUUAUUGAUCAUAAAUCAAUAAAUAAAAAUUUUGAUCUUUUAUUAAAUUCUAAAAAUCCCUAUUCUAUCUUAAGACAAUUCUUUAUUGGGAAUGAAGAAAUUAUAAAUGAAUCAUUUUUAAGGAAAUAUUGGUUUUGUUUAAAAAAUUUAUAUUUAUUUCAUAAAACAUAUAAUAAUCAUGUCUUAUCUAUAUUAGGAGAUGAAUUUAAACAUAACAUUAUUCAAUAUAUACAAAAUAUUAUAUGUAAUAAAAAACAAAUAUCUAUUAAUAAUUAUAAUAAUGAAGAAAGUUAUUUUCUGAAUAGAUAUUAUUAUUUUGAUAGUUUUAUUGCUCUAGUUAUAUCUAAAGUACAUAAUAUGAAAGUUUCUAUAUUAAACGAAAAUGGUAUACUUAUAUCUAUUCAUAUGAAUACAUUACCAAAUAAAUAUAUUCAAUUAGUUUCAACAAAGUAUUUUUCGAACACAUUAAUAUCUAAUAGAUUAUUUGAUGAUCUAACAUAUUUAUUAGUUAGUGAGCAUUUUUCUGUUCAUAAAAAUAUAACUAAUUUUGAAAUAUCACCUACUUAUCUGGAUAAUGUAGAAAUGAAUUCUAUCGAAAAUAAUUAUAACAUCACAAAUGAAAGCAUAAAAAUAAGCCCGCUUUCAUCACAAGAAAAUGAUGAUAUAGAAAAUUGUAUAAACAAUGAUAUUAAAACAUCUUCAGAAGAACAACAAAAUAACCAACUUAAAUAUUACAAAUCAUUAAAGGAUGUUUUGUCUCAUUAUAAAAAACUUCAUUCUUUUAAUGAAGAAAGUAUUUAUCUUUUACUUCUUAAUAUAAUUAAAGGUAAUUUAACAAAUUUAAGUUUAUUAUUUUCAUUAGAAAUACUUAAUUAUCUUGACAUAUAUUGUGAUGAUUAUUUGGAAAACGAACAAGAAAUUGAUGAAAAAGGUUCUGAAUAUAUAGAAUAUAUAAAUAAAAAGAAAAAAAUGAAAACAAACAAAAGAUUCAAAAAUAAACAUAAAAGUAAAAAUUUAACUUUCCAUUUUUAUUAUUAUGAUACACCAGAAGUAGAUAAUAUUUCAAAUGAUAUCAUGGAAAAUACCAAUCUCAGUAAUAUAUAUGAUAAUGAUGUAUUGAAACAAUUAUACAAAGAUAUUGAUGAUAACAAUAUAUCAUAUUCUCCAUCUAAUGAUAUUCAAAAAGUAAUGAAAGAUCAAAAUAAUGAAAUGAAAAAUAUUCCACAAAAUGAUAAAAAAGAAUUACUAUUUAACAAUAAAUCAAACAUUAAACAACCUGAUAUUCCUAAGCUAUUAAAUAAUGAAAUUAAUAUAUCUUUAUUAGAUACUUUAAAUAAAUCUACUAAUAAAAUAUCAAAUGAAAAUUUAUAUAAUACAUUAUAUAACUCUAUAACACAUAAAUCUAUUCAACAUUUAAAUAAAACUUUAUUAGAUCUUCCAGACUUAUCAAAUGAUAAUAUAACAAAAUAUUCAACCAAAUUAAACUCGGGAAAUAUAUUUAAUGUAGAACAUUUUAAUAAUUUGAUACAAAAGGUGCAGGAUCCUACAUUAAAGGAUGAAAAGAAAAAUCAACAAGGUGAUAAAUAUAUUUUUCUUCAAAAUAAAUCGGAGUUUAUAAAUAAGGACAAGGAUGAUACAAAAAAGGACACAAUGAUAGAAAAUGAAAUUGAUAUGUAUAGAAAUAUUGACAGAUGGAAUAAUAUCGCUAUUUCAAAACAUGCUCAUCCUUAUCAAAAUAAUCAUCCUUAUCAAAAUAAUCAUCCUUAUCAACAUAAUCAUCCUUAUCAACAUAAUCAUCCUUAUCAACAUAAUCAUCCUUAUCAAAAUAAUCAUCCUUAUCAAAAUAAUCAUCCUUAUCAAAAUAAUCAUCCUUAUCAAAAUACAUCUGAUACCAAACCUUAUGAUAAUUCUAAUCAUCAUAAUAUUGACGAUGAGACAGUUAAUUUUCUAAACAUUUCAGGAAAUGAUGAAUCUCAUAAAACAAACAGAAAGACAAACGAUAAAAAUAAAGAAAAUGAUAUAUUAACAAAGAGUAAAAAUAAUAAUGACAGAAAUGUUAAAAAAGGAAAUGAAGAUAGUAAUAUUUCUAUGAAUGAUUUAAUGUUAAAUUCCAAAUAUUUUAAAAACUUAUGUAAAAAGAAAAAAAUGAUGGAAAAGGAAAAAAUGAAAAGUAUUAGAGAAUUAAAAAAAGAUCUACUAAAAGCUAAAUAUACAAUGUUUAAUAAAAAAUCUUUAUUUUUAAAUGAACAGAAUUUAAAAAAUAUUUUCGAAUCAACAUUUUUUGAUACUAAACAAAUGAAAAAUUCUAUAAUACAAAUUAUUUCUUCAUAUGAAAUAGGACAUUUAUCUGAUCUCUUAAACAUUAAUAUGAGUAAUAUAAAUUCUCAUUUUUAUAAAUUAAAAAAUGUAUUUCUCAAUAAAAAAAAAACACUUCAUUAUUUUAAAUUAAAUACAAAUCAAUAUGUCAUUCAUAAAAUCGAAAACAAAUUAUAUUCAGUAUUUACUCUUGUUUGGAUACAUUAUACAAAUUAUUUAAGAAAAAUAUUAGAUAUUUUUUCAACCAAAGAAUUGUAUUUAUUAGCUAGAAAAUAUUAUCAACUAAUUCAUACAAAUCACGAUGAAUAUAAUUUAAUUCUACUUAAUACAUAUGGAUUUACACAUGUAUUUAUGAUGUAUAUAAUAUUAACUUAUAUAGGAAAAAAUGUCUAUUUUAUAACUUCAAACAAAUCAAUACAUAUAAAACAUGAAGUAUUAGAUAAUCAUAAUUCUAUACAUAUAGUACAAGCAUGUAAUGGUUCUUAUAUUAUAACUACGAAUAAAUGCGUAUCCGACAUUUUAAAUAAAAAUUUACUGAGUAAUAGGAAAAUUCAUGUGGGAUAUGACUUGAAUUUGUACACAACACUUUCAGUUGAUAAAAAUAUCCCAUAUAUAAAUAAUAAAACAGAAUUAGAAAGUGAAAAUAUAAAUGCCCUACCCAAAAAAAGUACAGAUCAUAUGCUAUCGUCUAUAGAUUAUGGUAUCAUAUCUCAUAAUAUACAAGAAAAAAAAAAAGACACUGAACAUUUUAAUUUUCUCACUAUUUAUAGAAAUGAAAAUGCUUAUAACAUAAAUCAAAUUCCAUCAUUAAUAACAGCUAUUUUAUGUGGAAAAAACUAUGAUAAGAAUAACAUAAAAAAAUGUACAAAAGAUGAGAAUAUAUUUUCUUCCUUUAGUAAAAAAUUAAAUUUAAUUAUACAAAAGUUUUAUGAUAAUAAUACAAAUUUUAAGCAUAUUUCUCUUUUAUCAAAAAAAAACAUCAAACAAAAUGUUUUUAUCAACUUUUAUCAAAAUGAAAAAAUACUUUUGAAAACAUUGGUGUCAUACAUGUACAACAUGUUAGAAGACAUCGACAAUUUGUAUAAAGAAAAAGAAAUAAGACAUCAUCUUUCCUUUGUCUAUAAUAUAAUAAAAUUGUAUAUACUAAAAAAUAAAAUUUAUGAUAAUACAUAUGAUGCAUAUUUGUAUUCAAUAGAGGAAAUAAUUUUUAAGUAUAAGUUGUAUAACCAAAAAUUAUUUCAAAUUCUUAAACAUUUAAAAAUUAAACAUGAAGAUAACCAAGAAUAUGUGGAGGUCCUAGAAAUUAUUUCACUAAUAUUUUAUGGAAUGAAAAUAAGAGAUCUUGCAAAAUAUAAAAGAGACAAUAUACCCCAAAUGAAUUAUGAAAUAUUAACAUUAGAUUUAAUAGAUAUAAUAAAUAUAAUGAUAUUUUUUAACAAUUUUUUAAAUAAAAUAAAUAAAACAGACGAAAUGAAACUUAUAAUUGACAAGGAAAAAAUUAUAGAAUUUCACAUUGUAGAAAUUAAGAAAAUUAUAGAAACAAUUAUAGAUUCACAUGCUAAUUAUUUUUAUGAUGUUACAGAUAAACAAAUUGAAUAUACAAUAAAAGAUAUUUUGUUAAAGAAAAUGAAAUAUGUAUUUAUUCAAUAUAAGAAUUUUAUUGAAGAUGAUUUAAAAGAAUUAUCAUUUAAAUUUUAUGAUAAUAUAAAAAAUGAAAAGUCUUUCUUAAUAAUUCAAGAUCCUAAUACUUAUAAUUAUCCUAUUGACAUUUCUUAUACUAAAGUAGAAAAUUUCGAGGAACUUUUCUUUUUAGAUUUAAUUGAAUAUUCAUUUUUAAAUUAUACUAGUUCUAAUUUAAAUACAACAAAUAAUAAUAAUAAUGACAAAAAAAAACAAAAUCAAAAAAAUAAAAAUCGCAAAUAUAGUAAAGAUAAUAUUUUAGAUCUCUAUGAACACGUAAGUACGAUCAGUUUAUUUUAUCACACGUUUAAUUUACCUAAGGAGUAUAAUGAAAAAUUGUUUGAAGCAAUUUUUCGUUUUGCUCAAUCAGGGACACCUUCAAAAUCGUUUGUUAAAAGAGGUCAUCUAUGGGGAAAACAGGUUACAGAGAAAACAUAUGAUAAACUACGAUUGGUUAAUUUACAAAGACAUCUCCGAUAUUUUCUUGAAAGCAGCGAUAUUAAUCAACUAGUAAAUUAUAUGUUGAAUUAUGAAAAAGUCAAAAUAAAUGUAAGAAAUCAAGAAGAAAAAUAUAAAGAGAAGUAUAAUAGUUUAUAUAUGUGUAUAAAAGAACAAUGGUUAUAUAAAUAUCAUGUUAAAAAAAGAAAGCACUUUUUAUCUAACAUUGAUAUAAAAUUUCAUUUAAAUUCCCAUGAUAUAAAAUUAUGUUUAGAAAAAAAUGAAAAUCACGAUAAUUCAAAUAAUAAGGUAUAUUCUGAAAAAUACGUACAUUUGAAUACAUUAACAAAUAUUAUGUUAAAUAUAUUAGCAUAUGAAUUACAUAAUAUUUAUAAAAUCGAAAAAAAGAUUCAUUCUAUAUUUUCACUUAUGAAUAUUAAAACCAGUGAUAUAAAUAAUAAAAUACAUAUUAACAUUAACAAAAAAUUAAAUAGAAAACAGAAAAUAGCACUAUUCUAUUAUUCGUCUAAUGUAUUAAUACAUAUCAUAGAAAUAUUAAGUCAAUAUUUUAAAAAAAAUAUACUAUAUUUCUCAGAAGAAAAAAAUGAGAGCAUAUAUGAGAUAUACUCAUUUAUAAUACAAAAGGGAAAACCUGAAGAAAAAAUUAUCAUAUUAAAAGAAGGAAAUGUUUUCAAGGUCUACAAUCCGGAUAAUAAUAUAUUUAAGAAUGAUAUGAAUCAUUUAAUGGAAACAAGCAUUACUCUAGCAUGUUAUGACGAACUAAUGAAGAAAAAUUUAUACCUUGAAAAUUUGGUAAGAACAUACACAAACAAGGAAAAUGUUUCACAAGAAGAUAUUCAACAAAUUAUUAAUAAUUUUUCCUAUGAAAAGAAUUUUGAAAAUAUUAAAGAAAUGAUAAAAGAAUUAUUAUACCGUAAAGAUAUAAAUACAUUUAAAAAAACAUACUUAACCAAUAUAAUGAACCUACAAAUUGAACAGAUAAAAAAUGAAACAUUAAAAACAAAAUAUAUUAAUAUUUUAUAUAAUGAAAUAUUUUGUCUCCUCCUUAUUGAACCAUAUAAUGAUAUAGACAAUUUAUUGAAUGGUUUCUUCUUAUGUGAUAAAGGCCUUUUAGCAUGGUUUAAUAUUUCUUUAUCUGAAGCAAAAAUAGAUUCCAAUAUUUAUGAUAAUUUACACAUAUUUGUUUACACCUUAAGAUAUAUGAUAAAAAAAAUAAAACAAAUGAUUAAUAUAGAAUUUUUGGAAAAACAACAAUUAGAAGGAAAAUCCAUACAAUUAUUUAAAAAAAAAGAUAAAGAUGAAGAUGCAAAAGAAAAUGAAAAUAAUAAUAAAAAUAAAAAAAUACAAGAUAUCGAUUUUUAUGAAAUAUUCCCUAAUUUUUUAAACGAAAAAAUAAAAAACAAAAAUAACAACUUAUCAUAUUUUAAAUUUUUAGAAGAAUUUAAAAUUGAUAAGAAUGCCAAAUUACCAAUAUUACAAGAUAUAGAAAAUUAUAAAUUUUCUAUAAUGUCAUCAAAUGAUGAACCUGACUAUAAUUUUUUAUCUUUAGUUGGAUUAGGACAUUCAUAUAUUGAAAAUUUUGAACAACUAAAAUUAGGUAUAUAUCCUACCAUAACAUAUAAUUGUGUUGCUACGUUGAACAAAUUAUAUAACUUAUAUUUUGUAAAUGAAUUAAUGGAUUUUAUCAAUUUAUUAAUAAAUCAUAUAUUAAACAUAUACAACAAAUUUUUUUAUAAAAAAAGGGAGUUUUUUAAAGAUAAUAAAAUUCAGUUAAGCAUGAGAAGAAAGAAAGAAUUUGCGAAUCUUAUUUUAUAUAACCAACAUUUUGAUCAUCAAAUAAUAAAUGAGAAAUAUGAAAAGAAAAAUAAUACUAUGGAGGAUAAAGAAGUUAUUCAAAAUAAAGAAAUAAAUAAAGAGAAGAAAGAAAAUACAGGAAACAAUACAGACCAUAAUAACCUUGAAUAUAUCAAGUUUGAAGAAUAUAAUGGGAUCAGCAAAAAAUCGAAGUCUGAUAUUCAUACAUAUCAUUUGGAUUAUUUAUUCAAAAAUUUGUAUUCUUUUUUUUAUUCCAUACUAGAUUGUGAAAAGAACAAAUUGUGCUUUUUUCAUAAAAAGGAUUACGUAAGAAAUGUUCUCAAGAAAUAUCUUAAGAAGACAUCAUUUAAUAAAAAUAUGAUAUGGAUAAUACCAUUAUUGUCAUACCAUUUUAAUAAACCAUUAAAUGUAUUAUAUAUGAAAGAUGAAAAUCAUAUAUAUAUGUAUAAAUAUCAAGAAGAAAGUGAAAUAAAAUUUAGUAUUCAAAUUUUAGUUGAAGAAGGAAACAGAAUGUAUUUAAUUUUACCAACAUAUUUUCUCUAUAUAAAUGUUUUGAAUAUUAUUACAAACAUAUUAAUACAAAAUGAACAUAUAUAUAAAAGGAAAUUAUAUAAUGAAAAAAGAAAUGAAACGAAUAAAAGUAUAGAGGAACAAAGCGGAGAAUCAAAUGGUAUAGAAAAUGAAAACAUAUUAAACCAUCAUAAUAGGAAUAAUGAAAAAAGUAUUAAAAAUAUCUAUUCAAGUAAUUAUUCAUGUGAUAAAGUAUUAGAUUUUAAUAUAACAAAUAAUAUCCUUUCGGAUAAUUAUUAUAAAAAAAUGUUUGAAAUAAUAUUAGAAAAAAUCCAUUUAUAUGCAACAAAAAAAAUAAAUAUAUACACGUUGCUUAUAUCGAUAAGAGAAGAUAUAUCAAAUUUUAAAUAUGUAAUAUAUUAUAACAAUUUUGAAAAGUUUAUAAAAAUAAUGGAUAGUUUUUUUCUUUUACUUAAUUCGAAGAUGAAUAUAAAUAUGCAAUUUUCAUUUGAUGAAAUUAUGAACACUCCAUAUAUGGUUGUAAAAGGGUCGAUUAACAAUGUAAUCAAUUUUAUAGAAAAAGAAAAUUAUGGUAUUUUCGGAAUAAACAUAAAAAAAUUUUAUACAUUUAUAUUACAUCAUUAUGAUAGUAAGAAAUAUUACUCUAAUACAUUUUUAAAAUUAUUAGACUUUUUAUUGAAUGCUAUAAAAAAUGAAAUUGAUUAUCAAAAUAAAAAUAUCCAAAGUAUCCAACCUAAUACAGAAAUGUAUAUAAAAAAAAUAGAAUAUAUUGAAAAGUUGAAAAUGCUAGAAUCAUAUAUAAACUGUGAGCAUAUAAAAGUCAUAAGAAAUAUAAUGAAAUAUGUUGAAAUUAAUUUACACAAUAUAAUAAAUUUUGUAGUAUUUAAAAGUAAAAACAACCUUAAUUAUGAAUAUAACCAUAUGAAUAAUAUUCAUAUGAAUAAUAUUCAUAAUAAUAAUAAUACAAUUUUUAGUCACAAAAAUAAUUAUAACAUUAAAAAUAAUAUUAACAAAAGAGAUAUUUUAUAUCAAUGUUGUUUAAUAUAUGAUUAUAAUGAAUUAGGAGCUACCAAAUUAACCUUAAAAUAUUUUAAUGAACUAGAAAAGAAUUUUGUUAAAAUUACCGAUUUUUUGAAUGUUUUAGAAAAAUUAUCUAAUGAAGAACUUAAUUAUAAUGAAUGGUAUUCUAUAGCUUCUAGAAUACAUAUAGAUUAUUUCAAUAAUUCAGAAUUAUUUUAUUUUCAUUAUAUGAAUGAAAAAUUAUUUUGGAAAGAUGGUUCUAUUUUGUUUACCGAUAAAAUUGUUAAAUUAUUAAACAAGAAAAAAUUAUAUAUUUCUACAGAAGAUCUAGAAAAGUUAUAUAAUUACAAAUUAACAUAUAAUGAAUAUAAACAUAUAUUAUAUCAAUCUAAAAUUAUAAGUAAAGUCAAUAAAAAUUUAGAUAUCACAUAUUUAGAUAAAGAAAAUUAUGCUAUGUCACUUAUUUGGUCUUUUUUUAAUACGGAAAUUGUAAUUAAUGGUACUCAUUUAAAUUUUGAUGAUAUAUAUUACAAACUCGAAGAAUGGUACGAGAAAAAUAAAAGUAAAAAUUUAAAAGACACUUUAUAUUUAUUAAACAAAAAUGAUAUAUAUCAUUUAUAUAAUUCAAUGAUCUUAUUCCAUCGACUUAUAGAAUUUAUUGAUAAAUCAAUUUUUGAUAAAUAUAAAGCAUAUAAAAUUACUAAUAUGUUAUUUGAUGAGUUAAUGAAUAAAGGGAUAUAUAUAUCUGGAGAUUCUCAAAUUACCAAAGAAUAUAUUCAAUCAAUAUUUGAUUAUAAUUUGUGGAAGAAAGAGAUACAAAAUGUUAAAAUUAGUAAUAAUAAUAUAAGAUCAUUAGUACCUAUAAAAUAUAUUAAUUAUUUUAAAUCUUCUAUAUUUAUUAAUUUAUUAAAAUUUAUAUCAAAUACAAAAUUAAAUAAUAGAAUCGUUAAUAUAAUAACAUAUAUCAUAUAUAGAAUAUUCAAAUUAGGAAAUACACAAAAUGAUAUUUUGAAAAUAAUAAAAACAGAAGGAAUUCUUUUUGGUAGUAUAGAUAUAUUUCGACUUAUAUUAAUAAAAUUAAAUAUACCAUUAGAUGUAUUAUCAAUUUGGUUUACUCUUCUUUUAAAAAAUUUAAAUUAUAUAACAGAAAAUUGUAUUAUUCAAGAUUUUAUAGAAAGUAUUGAUUUUAGAAGAUUCUUUUCGAAUUUAUUUUUUUUAUUACACAAUUUUAUUGAACAAUAUUAUUUCAAAACGAUAUUAAAGUUUUUAUUAGGUUAUCCAUUUGUUGUAGAAUUUAUUAAAAAUAAUGAACAUAAAGUAAAGGAACUAUUUAUACAUUUUAAGAAUUUCAUAUUAUUAAAUUUUGGUACACAUAUUAAUUUUUUUCAACAUUUAUAUGAUAAUAUUGAAAAAAAAUUUAUAACUUAUAUAAAAUAUUAUAUAACCAAAUUUUUAAAUAAUUUACUACCAUUUUCAACUGACAUAAGUACAAAAAUAAUGCUAUUCCAAAAUGAUCAAAUAAGUUCAUUACAAUUUAUAGAAUUUACAGAUGAAGAAAAUAUUAUACCUUUAUAUUAUAAUAUAGUUAGUUUAAUACAACAUGAACCUUUUAUUAAAGCAUUUAUGAAAAAAUCACUUGUAAUAUAUUCAAAGAUGUUUUCUAAUACAAACGGAAAAAUGCAAUUAUCCCACGUACAGCUCAUUCAGAAUAUGUAUGAUAGAUGGAUAAAAAGGAAUAGCUAUAAGGAUCAAAAAAAUUAUGCAAUUAAUAAAAAUACGAGAAAUCAAAAUGUAAUCGCUACUACAAAUAGUAAUUCUUCUUUUAUACAAAAAUUAUAUGUACCUAUAAAAAACAGACAAAAAAAAAACAUAUGGAAAGGGAAAAAACAUUUUGUUCUUCCUAUUACUCAAAUGGAUUUGAAACCAUAUAAUAAUAUAACAUAUCAAAAUGAGGAUAAAAUAUUGGAUGAACCAACAAAUGUUACCUACCUAAAUAAUACAAUGGAAUGGAAUAUUAAAAACGUUCCAUUUGUAAAAAACAUAAAAACGGAUAACUCUAAAUAUGAUACACAUAAUAAUGAAGAUAACGAAAAGUAUAUUUCCAAGUAUCCCAUUUUAAAUAUAUAUAACAAAAAUAAAACAAAUUCUUAUAAUAGUGAUAAUAAUAGUAAUAAUAGUAAUAAUAAUAAUAAUAAUAAUAAUAAUGAUACAAAUGAGAAGAAAAAAUAUGCUUUUUUUGGAACGUCUAAUAUAUCACUCCUACAAAAUAAUAACACAAAUGAUAAAAUAAAAUUUUCUUAUAUCCAAUUAUACAAUUAUCGAACCUUAAGUUGCUUAGAAAAAUUAUUUAUACAUGGUUUUAAACAUGUGGAAAACAACAGAGAAACAGAAAAAAUAACAACAAAUAAUAAUCUGGUGACAACAUGUAGUGAUUUAUAUAAAGAAGAAUGGACAGAAGAACUUUAUAAUUUUUCAAUGAAUAAAUUAUCUAUGGAAGAAAGACAUAUAUAUUCAUAUACGCAUGAUUUAAAAUUAAUCAUAAUGAAAGGAGAAAAAAAAAAUAUCAAGUGUGAAAUAUUUUUCAAAUUAUAUCUUAAUAUUUCAACUGAAUAUAUUUUAAAAAUUAGUAGAACAAAUAUUGUUAUAGUAGAUUUUAAUAUAUUUAGAAAAAACAAUGAAUUAUGUUUUCUAUACAUAAAUAAAUCACACCAAAAAAUAUAUAACAACAAUAAUAAUAAUAAUAAUAAUAAUAAUAAUAGUAAUAAUAAUAAUAAUAAUAGCAAUAAUAAUAAUAAUAAUAAUAAUAGUAAUAGUAAUAAUAAUAAGGAUUAUCCUUCAAUACAAAAAAAUACUCACUUUUGUUAUAAGGUAGAAAUUGUUCCCUUUUAUAAAACCAACAAUAUCACGAAAUAUCUAAAAGAUGUUUUUUAUACGAUUGAUCAGAAAUAUCAUUAUGAUACACAAAAGAAAAAAAACGAACUAGGAGAAAUAUUAAAUGAUAUAGGUGCUAAUGAUAAUUUAUAUAGUUACCCCUUCAACAUUAUGUAUAAUAUGAAAAAAAAAAAAAAUAAUAGUAGUAGUAAUAAUAGUAAUAUUAAUGAUCAAACACACAAUAUAGGGGAAACAAUGAAUAUUAAAAAAAUAAAAGAUAUAAAAAAUAACAAAAAUGAUUUUUCAUAUAAAAAUAAUAAAUCAAGGGAUAUUCCCAAAAAUAAUGAUAUGAAAAAAAAAAAUACGUUAAAAAAAUUUUUUGGAAAGAUUAAAAGAAAAAUAAAUAAUAUAAAAAAAGAUUAUUAUCAAAAAUAUAAGGAAAGACAUGAAAUAAAAGAUAAGUUAUACCCAAACCUAGAAAAGCUUCAAGAUACCUUAAAAUAUUUAACUGAUAAAAAUAUUAUAAAUAAAUUAUUAGAAUUUGAAUAUUAUCAUUCCAAUAAAUGGUCUUCAGAUACUUUUGGUGUUACUAUUCAAAAUAUGAAUGGAACGAACAGAAAUAUAAAAUUAAUAUUAGAAAUAGGUGAUUAUAAGUUAACAAAUUAUUAUGAAAUAAAUGUUAAUGAUAAAAAAAAUAUUCUAUCCUUACAAAAGCUAGACACUUUUGUUAAAAAAAUUAAUUUGAAAAAUGGGCUAAUGCAAAAAUUGAAAAUAUAUAAAAAGUUACAUUUCUUAUUAAAGCAUUUGUUCAUUUUUAAAAAUGAAAUGAAAAAUGUUGAAUAUUUUAAAAAUGAAAGAAUAAUAAUUAGUGAUGCACUUAAAAAGGAGAGUACUAAACGAAAUUAUCAUAUAGAAAAUUCUAAUAUAAUAGAAAGAGAUAAUAUUGAAAUUAAUCCGGAACAUAAAAAAGAACAACAACAAGGACAAAGUCAAAAUAUAGUAGAAAGUUUUAUGAAUACACCUUCUCAAAAAGAAGAAAAGAGGAAAAAUGAUACAUUGGAAUAUUUAAAAUUCACAUGGUAUAGUAAUAAUAAGAAAAUAUUACAAGAAAUUAUUUUACCAGUCAAAUCUAUACAUCCAUUUAAAUUAAGUAAUCAUAAUGGUAAUGUUUUAUGCAAAUCCGAUGCUAAUAUUGAUAAUUUAUUAAAUUUUAUGAAAGAUCAAAAUGAAAAUGAUAUACGACAAGAUGUUAAAAAGGAUAUAAAGAACGUUCAUCAUGAUGAUCCACAUUUCGAAGAGAUAGAUAAUUAUAAACAUUCUAAUAAUACAUUAGAUAGUUUUAAUGAAGAUAAUAUUAAGAACCAUAUGAAUUAUUCAUCAUCUAAAAUGAAUAAUUAUGAAGAGAAAUAUUUUUCAUAUUAUAUAAAAUAUUUUGAUAAAAUAUAUCCCUUAAAUGAAGAAGAGAAAUUUAUAAUAAGAAAUAAAACACAUCAUCAAUAUAUUUUAUAUAAAUAUAGACUUGCUAUGUUAUCUCUUAUUAUUAUAAAAACAAAUCACUUGACAAAUUUAAAAAAAAUGAAUAUAAUAACAAAUGAAUAUUUAAAAAAUAAACAUAAGUAUUAUAAACAUAUACAGUAUCAUCAAAAUGAAUUAUUUCAAAAGAAACUUGUAUAUAUACCAAAUAGGCAAUAUAUAAUUAAAAAAAAAUUAGAAUGUAUCAUAAGCUUAGAUUAUUAUAAACCCCUAAAAAAGGCUUUACAAGAAAAUAAUGUCCUAAACAAUUUCUUAGAGGAUUUAACGGUUGAAAUAACUAAUAUAAAUAUGUUCUUUUAUAAAUAUUUUUAUACAGAUAAUUCAAAUAUCCAUUCAUCAAGUUUUUAUCUAGAUAAAUUGAAAAACAUAAAACAACUAUGUCCAAUAAUAUAUAAAUUAAAAAAUGACGAAAAAUAUAAUCUAGAUGAUAUAUCAAAAGUUGAUGAUACCAUCAAAUUAAAUUUUAAUAAAAAAAUAGAAUAUGAUAUAAAAGAGUGUGAACAAAAAAUAGGCUUAUAUGGAAGUAAUAUUGCUUUUUUUGGAAAGGCUUUAGAUAAUUCUAUAGGAAAAAAAAAAAUUAAGAAUAUUGCUAUGUUUUCUUAUGAAUGUGAAAGAUCAAUUUUUCUUGAAAAAAAUUUAAGCGACUUGGAUCCUUAUCACAAAAACUUUUGUAUAAAUAUAUUAGAAAAUAUAAACGAAAAUGAAGGUCAAAAUGAAGGUCAAAAUGAAGGUCAAAAUCAAAACCAAAAUGCAGAACAAAAAGAUUAUUACAAUAAUACAUAUUUCAAAUCAAUUAAUACAACUUGGUUUGAUAUGAUAUAUAAUACAUAUACAUCUAAUAAAACAUUUGAUUAUAAAGGGCAACAAAAAUUUAGUCAAUUUAAAUGCUUUGGAUUUGCUGAUAGAGAUGAAUUAAAAGAAUAUGAAAAAAAAGAAGGCGCUAAAUGUAAAAUAACAAUACUAAGUAAAACACUUUUUGUUCUACAAAAUUUUAUAGAUAAAUAUUAUAUCUUAAAAAAUGAAGAAGGAAUACAUAAUGGUAAUGCAUAUAAUAUUUAUGUUCUAUAUAAAAAUAUUUAUAUGGUUAUUAUAUAUAUGUUAAUGUAUGAAACCAGAAUAUUUAAACCUUUAAGAAUUCAACAAAAAUUAAAUAAUAUAGGGAACAAAUAUAGUAUGUUAUUAUAUACAAAAAAAAAUUAUUCAAACUAUUUAAAAGUAAUGUUAGAAAAAACAAGUUCAUUAUAUUUAGAAAUAGAACUAUUAUAUAAUGAACAUGUAUUCUUAAGAAAUAUUCCCUUUCCUAAUGAUUCAGUAUACAUAUUAAUGAAUGAACACAAGCCUUUUAAUAAAGAUACACAUGGAUAUAAACUAUCUGAAAAUCCAUAUGAAAUAUCUAAUGAAGGAGAUGAUAAUACUAGAGUUUAUGCCUUUUUUGUUCUUAACUUGUUAAGCUUUUAUCCAGAAAUUCAAAAAAGCUUAUUAUUAUCAUCGCACAAUGAAGAUAUGAUUUAUAGUUUGUUAGAUAUAAAUAUACAACAAAUAAAUCAACAAAUACAAAAUAAAGAACAUCCUAAUGAUCAACAUAGUUUUAGAGCACAACAUCAACAAACAAAUGAGCCAGAUAAAAGCACCCAAAGUAUUACGCAAAUGGUUUUAAAGCCAUUGGGAGAUUUAUAUAAUUAUUUCUUUUCUAAAAAGGAGGAAGAGGAGAAAUCUGGAGAAAGCAAAGGGGAAAUGAAAAUAUUGGAAGAUAGUGCAAAUGGGAAAGAGAAAAUAUUGGAAGAUAGUGCAAAUGGGAAAGAGAAAAUAUUGGAAGAUAGUGCAAAUGGGAAAGAGAAAAUAUUGGAAGAUCGUGAAGAUGGGAAAGAGAAAAUAUUGGAAGUUCGUGAAAAUGGGAAAGAGAAAAUAUUAGGUGGUACAGAAGGAGAAGAAAAUAUGUUAGGUGAUUCAAAAAGGAAUGAGAAGAUAUUAGCAGAUGAACUAAAAUUCAAAUACAACCCAACAGAACAAACAAAAGACGAACAAAUGGAUAAAAAGGAAAAUAUAAAAAACUUUUUGGAAUCUAAUAAACAAAAUAUUUUAUUAGAAGAAUCAAAGAAAAAUUCAAACAAUUCUACAAAUUUUUACGAAAUAAAUGAUUUUACGUGGAUGGGAAAAGAUCAAAUUGAUGACAUAAAAAGAUUAAUUGUAGAACAUGGAUUAGUAAAAUUUUUUAUAAAAGGAAUUCAUUUAAUGUAUUUACAAGUAUAUCUAAAAGAUAAUAAUUAUUUAGAAGCAUAUAAAGAAGCAUUAAAUCAAGAAUUACAAAAAAAAGAUUUUUAUAUGCAUUUUAUUAAAACAUCUCCACCUUUUCAUUUUCAAAAUUAUAAUGUGCAUCACUUAUUAUUAUUUUCAUUCUAUUAUGGUUUUUCUGAUUUAAUAAGAACAAGAAGACCUUAUGUUAAUCUUGAAUCUACACUUAAUAGAACAAUAGAAAACAAUAAAUCCAUAUAUAUGUACAGAACAAAUUCUUAUGCAAAUUUCCAGCUUGCUGCAGACAAAAGAGUAGCGUUAAAUACAUUACAUCAAGAAUUAGCCAAAUUUAUAUAUAAAGAAGCAAUACAAUAUAGAUAUCUAAAUCCGUAUUAUAAAACAUAUAAAGAUAAAGAAAAUAUAACAACAUUUAUAUAUAGUAAUAAUAAUAAUAAUAAUAAUAAUAAUAAUAAUAAAGAUAAAGAUAAAGAUAAUGUUAUAUUUAAAUUUGAUGAAGAGAAAGAAAAGGAACUCAUAGAUUUAAUUAUAAUUAAUAAAAAACAACCUAUAUAUGAUACAAAAGAUAUCAAAGAAAUUAUAAUGUUUGUUCAAAUAAUGGUUGAAAAUUUUAUAUAUAUUUUAAACAAUUAUCCAUCUAGUUUUAGCUUAAGUAAAUAUUCUUCUUAUUACAACAAUUUUAUUAAAAAUGUAAAACAAUAUUUCUUUUCAUAUAAAAAAGAAAAUAAUCUAAUAUAUCUAAUAAGUCAGAGAGAUAUUGAUUUCAACAUUUCUUCUAUAUUACAUAUAAGUGAGAAAUCUACUGUUAUGAAUAUUUUAAAAAAUAUUAUAAAAUUUAUUUUCCUAGCUACUACUAGAUCCUAUGAUGUGGACUUAUUUGUACAAAAAAUAUUAAAUAUAAAUCAAAAUAGUAAACAUAUUUUAAAAGAAGACUAUUCUCAAGAAAAACAAAAAUAUGUAAAUUUAAAAAGUACAUAUGCAUUCAUACAAAAAAAUUAUAAUGUACGUAGUAUUAAACAAUGUUUUAAAAACUGUUUAAAAAAAACAAAGAAAAUAUUUAAUAAAGUUUCUAAUGCUACUAAAAAUACGAAUCCAUCUGUAACAUAUAAACGUUUUGACGUUCACCCUCCUGUACAGGAUGAUUUACUAGAUUCAGUCAUUUUAAAAAAAAAAAAUCAAUUUAAAAGAAAUAAUAUACCUACAAAAAAGAGUAAGAAAAAAAACAAUGAUAAGGUUAUAAAAAAUAUAUAUAUACAUGAACAACCAUUUUUUUCAAAACUAAAAAUGAGAUGUGCUAUCAUGAAGAAAAAAUUAUCCAUGUCCAUGAAAAAAAACAAGCCAAAUAAUUAUUAUAAUGAUUAUAAUUAUUUUAAUGAUGGAAAUAAUCAACAUAGUUGUGAUUAUGUACCAUAUCAGAAUGUUAAUAAAUCAAGUCAAGAAUAUGAAAAACCAGUAAAUAUAAAAAUACAUAGGAAAAAGGAACCCAACGAAAAUAAAUAUUAUAAUAUGGAUCGUGAAAUAAUGAAUGAUAAUAACUAUUAUUUAUCUACUAAUGAGUUAGAUAAUACACAAAAUAGAUAUCAAGGAAUAAAACCAGUUAAUCAGAAAAAAAAUUAUAUUGAAAAAAAUAUUAUAAAUGAAAAAAUUAACAGAUUUCAAAAAAAUUAUUUUGAUGAAAAAAAUAAUUUGAGUCAUUCCAAAUUUGAACAGCAAGCACAAAAAGAGAAAGUAAUAAAUAAUGAAAGGAUAAGAAAUAAUAAUGAAGAUAAACUAAAUAGGAACAGAAUAAUGAAUCAUAGGAAUUUAUAUAACACUGGACAUAUUAAUAGAAGUAUAGAUGUAAACAAUACAAAUAUUAGACACAUUAAUAAUCAUAAUGUUACAUAUAAUGAUGACAGACAAGAAAAUAAUCCAAAUUUUGACAUAAGAAAAAAUUUAUAUAAUAUGAAAAAUAAAAAGGAAAAAAAAAAUGAUAAUAUUAAUAAAUAUAGUUUUAUGCAAUUUUUUCAAUUGAAUGAAAAUAUACAAAAUAAUAAUAAUAAUAAUAAUAAUAAUACAAUAGAUGUAAUUCCUAAAAGCACUAAAACAAAAUUUACGACGUUAGGAAGAUUUUUAGGUACUAGAAUGAACAAUUUAUAUUCUAAAUUGAAAAGUGAAUUAUUUUCAUUUACAUUAAUAAAUAGUUAUGAUUUUCUUUUACGAAAUAGUGUAUAUUUUCAUCGCAGUAAUAUGUUCACAAACUAUAUUACUUAUUAUGCAAAAAGAAAUGUAAUACAAAGUUUAGAUAUGCUAUUUUUGUUAGUAAGAGAUUAUGAAUUAAAUACAUCUUUAACAAAUACAUAUUCUAUAAAACACAGUUUAUUUAAUAUAUGUUUAUUUAAAUUACAAAACAUAUCUAUAAAUUUAAAAAAUAUAUUAAAUAUUAUAGAUGAACAAAAAAUUGACAUAAUCCUAUCAAAAGUAAUAUCUAUUAUUCAUAUGUACUAUACUGGAAAUAUAAGUUUUAUAGAAGAUUUAAUUAAUAAAAUAAAUAUAAUCUUAUCUAAAAAUUUUGUUUUAAAAAAAUUAUUUGCUGAUUUUAUUUCCUAUGUUACCAUUUCAUCAAUACAAACAUUUAUAUUACAUUUUCAUUCAAAAUAUAAAAAAAAAGUACUUACGUUCAUAAUUUCACUUUUAAAUAACAUAUCUGGUACAAUCGCAAGUAUACUAAGUGAACCUUUUUUUCAAUCCUAUAUAUGUACCAAUUUUAUAAAACUUGGAGAAUCAUUUAUUAGUGAGUUUAAUGCAGAAAAUACAGUAUAUGGAUUCUUUAUGGAUGUGGGAGAAAUAAAUUUUAUUGAUAUAAUUAUAGCUUAUGCUUAUCAUUUUUUCCCAAAGGCAGUAAAUGAUUUUACACAAAUGUCAUAA